UGCCGCUUUACGUUUGUGUGUGUACAAAAUAACAUAACUUUCUAUAAUUCAUAAUUAAUAAAAAUAUAUAUUCGCACAAAAAUAAUUUUAUGUAACAUCAAAUCGUAUGUAAACCUCGUAGAUUUGUAUUAUGUAUCACAAGUAAAAUUUAAAAUGUUUCCUACAAAUCACAAAACAAUUUUUGUGUUAGAUCAUACUCCAUAUUUUGGGAUUUCUUCUGAUUUCUCUAUAGACUUUGAUGUUUCUAAAAGUCGGGGUGCUGGAUAUGUACCCUUACCGCCAAUCUGCAAAUCUCUGUGGACUUGCAGUGUUGAAGCUUCCGUAGAAUACUGUCGAAUCGUAUGGGAUUUGUUUCCCGAAGGAAAAUUGGUGAGAUUCAUAGUAAGUGAUGCAGCUGCUCAUAUCCUUAAUACUUGGGCAGUAGCUCAGCAAAAUUUAACUCAUAUUUUAAAUGGUCUAUGCUUAGUGGGCCCAGUAAGAAGAGGUGCCGGUGGAGACGUGGUGGGAUUAUGUGCAGCUAUUGAGUCGCUGGCUGAGGCCUCACCCAUACAAUCGUCACAGCCAUCUACUGAAAGACGAUUCUUCCAGAAUCGUGGUCGCAUAAUAUGUAUAACAAGUGCAAGGGAUGAUGAUUCUAUAAGAAGUUUAGCUGAAAUUGCCCUCAAUACCCUUGUACAACAAAAUAAGAAGGCUUCGGCUGCUCAGCCACCCACCACUACUGAUGCAUCUACAAGCACACAGUCUUUGGUAGUACAUUAUUGCCACUUAGUUAUAAUUAAUGUUACACCUGAAAAAGCUGACACAAGAGUCAAUAAUCAGCCGCUUACAGAGAUGGGUGGCGGUCUUAUGGGCGUUGAAGUAAUUGUGUGUAGAGCGAGCGCGUUAGCCAAUUUACUAGGAAAACUGGUACUUCCACACUAUAGGCUCGCAAUAACCACAGUCACUGGUAUUCCUAUGAAAGAAGAGCAAAAUGCUAGUUCUAGUGCAAAUUACGAUGUGGAGAUAAUACAUUCAGCGGAGGCCCAUGCAGGGCUUCGGGCUUCUCAAACCGCUGCCGAAGCGACUGAAUCGGUGGUGCUACGUUGGUGGACGCCACGGGGUGCGGAAGGGGGGGCGGGGGGUUGCAAUGGGCCAUUGUGGAGGGUGACUCCGGCGGAUGUCGCCUCGCGUCCUUCCGCCUGUCUCGUGAACUUCUUGCUAAAUGGGCGAUCGGUCACAUUGGAGGUGCCCACAAGAAAAGCAGGCUGCAGAUCAGCAUCCCAUGUUUUAGCAGCGCAGGGUGGCGAAUUAUGGAUUGGGGCAUUGGGUGGAAGGACUCCAUAUGAAGACCCACCCGCUUUAUCAGAGGGGGCUGGUGGGAGAGUCACGGAUUAUAGAAUAAAGGAAUUCGGAGCCCUAAUGCAACAAAACAAAAUUCACCCCUUAAGAGGGAGUGGUUCGAAUACGCGUGCACGUACGAAGCUCCAACGGCAUACAACGUACUGGCCGCUCACUAUUUCUUCCACGCUUAUAUUUAACUUGGGAUCUGUAAUGGAACCCCUAACACGACUAGUCGUUCAAGAAUCGUUAACGGAAGACGAAGUAGAAACGUGUCGUGGGGUGCUUCUCUCAUUAUUGGGAAUGGAGACGAGACAUGAGUUCCCUUCCGCGCAAUUACCAGCUAAUUUGAGGGGUAAAUCGAGCGGGCGUCGCGAGGAACAAUGGCGACAAGUAUGGGGCGAACUUGAGGCACUAGUACGGGCACAUUCUAACUCCAGCCCACAUCGCGCUCUUUUGCGGACCUUACUUGAGUGUAAGUCGCAAAACCAUAGUAAUGAAGGUGAAUCGUCAAGAGCGACGGUAAUACGCGCUACCACAGAUUCGCCAUUAUCUCCCGUCGGGGCUGGCAAUGGUAAUGGCGACGUGUGGGCACCCAGAAAUGCCCUGGACGCCCUACUAGGUGCGCCCAGACCGCCACGGAGACCAGACUUCGCUGGUCGUCUUACCGCUGGAAACAGAAUAGCAACACUCUACCCACAAUUGCAGCAGGAUGUUGAAACUCAGAAUUAGAAAGCGUAUAAUUUACUUGUAAUAUAUUAUUGAUGCACAUACCGAUGCAUAUACCCUUUUUCUGACUGGGGUUACCUGAAAGGGAUCCCUUGUUAGCGAUUACCUUCUUAUGCAUAUAAAUUAUCGGAUUUAUUCAAUUAUUUUUAACAACAAAUGAUUUAUUAAUAAAAAGUUUAAGUACCCUCAUAAUGUACACGAAGUGUGGUGGCGAAGUGGGUAUUCCUAAAAAUGGAUAAAAGGAUAUAUAGUACGGACGCGGAGCACGAAGAAUUUCGUAGAAUGACCCCUCAUCUUAUGUCUUUGUCGCUCGCGCAUAAACAUAUUGCCGUUGCGCUCACACAGAUGCAGUGACCGCCGUAUUCAGAGAUUGUAAACCUUUUAGUCAUAACCAUAAAGACGUGAAUUGUGAGUGGUGUAUGUGUGUUUGGUCGUUGAAUUUAUACUUCAAGAAAGAUUUAAUAGUAUCACUAUUGAAAAAUGGCAAAACUGCAUAAGCCACGUCAUACAAGAAGAAUUAAAAUUUGGAGGAUUGGAUAGUCAAAUAGAUAAAACGGUUGACUCUUUCAUAAUCAACGUAUCUGGCGAAACAUCUGAUAGUUCAUCAGAAACAGAUGACUUUGACUAAAAUUAAAUGUUUUUUUAUGAGUAUUUCUGUUUUUUUUACCAAAUCUUAGUCGCAAUCAUAACUUUUCCUUUUUAUAAAUCCAUCAAGCCGUUCAGGCUGCAGAGCUUGCCAAAGAAUUAUACACUCGAAAAACAUAAACCUCCUUCUGGCGCAGUCGGGUAAAAAGCUAUCCUUGGGUACUUACCUAUAUUAAGUCGAUGAUCUUAUUUACAAAACUAACUCAAAUUCUAAAUUACCGUUUUUCAUAUUCGUACUUAUAAAAAAAAUGUUUUUAACCACUGGCAGUAGGCCCAAAGGUCAUUGUACGAAAUUCUUCGUGCUCCGCGUCCGUACUAUAGUUGUGCGCAAUGCAUGGGCAUGCAAGUGCCUUAUUAUAUUUAAAGCACAUUAUAUUAAAUAAAAGAUAAUAUUAUGAUAAA